GAACAGACAGAGGGAAGAGAGCGAGUAAGCCCCUCCUCCUUCAGAGAGCAGGGGCCUGGCUGGCAGAGCUGGGUCGACCCCGUGCUGCCGUCGCGUUGUGUGAUUCCGUGGUGCUGUGAUCUACGCGGAGGUCCUGCCGUCGCCGGAUCGUAGGUGAAGUGAAGUUGGAUUUAAGGGCAGCUGCUGCCUCUCUCUCUCUCGCACUUCUGCUUCCUCCAUCAGCAGUUUUGUCAUGGCAUCCUCCUUGAUCAGCCGUCGGUUCGCUCUCUCCCUGCAGACCAACUUGUGGCUCAGUGCUCCAGGCUGCAGGUAUGUCAGCAAGGCGGCACCGAAGACCCAGCUGGAGUUUGACUAUGACGGACCUUCCAUGAAAACGUCCGUCCCUGGACCACGAUCCCAGGCGCUGACAAAACAGCUGGGAGAGAUCCAGAACGUCGGUGCAAUCAACUUCUUCUGUAACUAUGAGGAGAGCAGAGGGAACUACUUGGUGGAUGUCGACAACAACCGCAUGCUGGACGUCUACACCCAGAUCUCGUCCAUCCCAAUUGGCUACAACCACCCUGCCCUCCUCAAGCUGAUGGCCAAUCCCAACAAUCUGAGCACACUUGUGAACCGUCCCGCCCUGGGAAUACUGCCACCUGAGAACUUUCCAGACAAACUCACCGAAAGUCUUCUUUCAGUGGCUCCCAGCGGAAUGACUCGGGUUCAGACGAUGGCUUGCGGCUCCUGCUCCAACGAAAACGCCUACAAAGCAAUGUUCAUCUGGUACAGGAACAAAGAGCGAGGCCACAACACGCCGUCUGAUGAAGACGUCAGCACCUGCAUGAUAAACAAGGCCCCCGGCUGUCCAGAUCUCAGCAUUUUAUCUUUCAAUGGAGGUUUCCACGGAAGAACCAUGGGUUGCUUGGCGACGACACACUCCAAAGCGAUCCACAAACUGGAUGUGCCAUCGUUUGAUUGGCCAAUGGCCCCGUUCCCCAGAUUGCAGUACCCACUAGAGGAAUUUACCAGAGAGAAUGCACAGGAAGAGGCUCGCUGUCUUGAGGAGACGGAGGACCUGAUUGUGAAGUGGAGGCAGAAGGGGAACCCCGUGGCAGGGAUUGUAAUCGAACCGAUCCAGGCUGAGGGUGGAGAUAACCACGCCUCCCCAGACUUCUUCAAAGGCCUCCGCAACAUUGCGCGCAAGCAUGGCUGUGCUUUCCACGUUGACGAAGUCCAGACCGGUGGAGGGGCCACGGGAAAGUACUGGGCCCAUGAGCACUGGGGCAUGGACGACCCUGCAGACAUUGUCUCCUUCAGCAAGAAGCUUCUGACCGGUGGCUACUACCACAAGGAUGAAUUACAGGCAGAUAAGCCAUACAGGAUUUUUAACACAUGGAUGGGGGACCCUUCAAAGAACUUGUUACUGGCCGAGGUUCUCAAUGUGAUUCGCAGGGAAAACCUUCUGGAGGAGGUGACCCGCUCUGGGAAAGCCUUGCUUAACGGCCUCUAUGACCUACAGGCUCAGUACCCCGGCAUAUUAAGCCGAGCUCGAGGACAGGGGACCUUCUGCGCCAUCGAUAUCUGCGAUGACGCAACGCGCAACAGCAUCCUGCUCAAGGCCAGAGACAAAGGUGUCCUCCUGGGAGGCUGUGGGGAUCGGUCGAUCCGUUUCCGUCCGGCUCUGGUUUUCAAGGAGUACCACGUUCACAUCUUCCUCAACAUCUUCAAUGACGUGCUGGCCGAGCACAAAUAAAUCCCAACCCCGAUGGAAUCUGACACUUACUUGAGCCUCAGCUAAUGCAGAAUAGUAGGAGGGGAAGCUCGAGAGAGUCCGUCUCACGAUAAGCACAAUCCAUACAAUAUCUCACACAGAAAUCCUUCACGACAUCUGUUUUAAGAUUCAGGGCCCGAUGAGUUUAUAAGAAUGAAGACAGACCAAUAUUUCCCUGCUUAGAUAGAAAUGUAAUAUCCUCUUACUUUUGCUGCCAUGAUGUUCUGGCGUAGACUAUCCAUCCCCUCUGCAGCGCCUUCUGUGUCACAGUUUUACUGCCUGACAUUCAGAGGUAUGGAACCAGGUUAAAAUGUAGGGCUGCUCCUUUAACAGAUGCGCAGAGCGUCAUCAGAUACAUGUAAAUAAGAUUUCCAAGGUUAUUAACCACUCGUAAUGGCUCAGAACAAAGUCUUGAGUACAUCUUAUUUUAGUCAAAUCAAAUCCCAGCAUCCCAUAGUCACUGGAGUGAUUAAAGUGUGAGAUCGUAAAAAAAAAAAAAAAAAAAAAAAAGGAAGCCAAGACGCCGGCCUGCAUGUCAUGUAAUGCCGUCCAUUAGAAAUGUCCUUGUUCUGAUUCUGACUUUUGUAUUUCUCUGAACUGGAAUGUCUUAUCAUCUUGAAAUGUCGUAGCCCAGAAAAAUGUGAAUCUUUAAAUUGACCAUGAAAAUGUCAAUUAAAUGCAUGUCGGUUAAAUGUGCUAUUUUUAAAAAAAUUUCUUUAAUGACCCAAGCAAUUGGUUUCCUCAAUUGAGCAAAAACUCUGAACACAUUCUCUUCACUCUUGAACAAGAGCUUAAUAUCGGUUUAUUCAUUUAUUCCCGAAAAAAACGUAUUUACCUUUCAUUUUCAUGGCUCCCUUGGUUCUGAUUUCAGUUUUGCCACUGUGUUGUCUCUAAUGUGUUUCUAUCUGCUUAAAUGAAGCAAAGUGUGAAACUGAUCAUUUUCACUUUGCUUCAUUUUCACUAGUGUCAUAUAGACAAACACAGUGGCCACUAAACCUGUCCACGGGACGUCAUGUGAUGCUGUGUGACGCUUCCCAGCUUUCCCAACUUAUGAUAGCCAAUCAAGUCAUUUCAGGGCUGUGAUGCUCGAUAAGAAUUAUCCAUUGUUUUAUAGCUGCUUCUUUCACAGUGUAAUGGAAAAAAGCCAGUGCAUCCCGUGAUGUAACUACAUGGUUUGGCCACUGUGAAAAGUUGGCUUCAAAGCCUUAAACUCUCCCUGAGGGCUUAACCGCUGCACUGGGAUUUGAAAUCGGACCAACUGGCCAACAACUGUUUCAUAGAUAACAAAAGUAGCUCAGUGCCAGGCCAGAAAUGAGCCAUGCUGUUGUAGGGCAGGUCAUCAUUUUAACUUUACAAUGUCGAUUGUCUAAAUUUUAUAGUGUGGCAUAUCUCGCUGUGGUUGGCUUUGAGCGUCACAACCCCCAUGAAAUGACUUGUUGCACUGUACUAAUUUCAUCCAUUUGAUCCAAUAAAAUGUCUGGAAGAGCUGCACAAUUGAAAUGAUUUUAUCCUAAUACAACUUAGCCAGGCGCUAAACAGGAAGUUAGCCGGCUCGGUUGGCCAAAGUCCGUAGCGCACAAGGGUUAUGCGAUACACAAAGCGGAAGGAAGAGCCCCGGCCGGAAGUCCAGAAUUUUUUGGCUUCAUGCGCAUCAGCUCCAGUGGUCAGUUUUGCAGAAAGGCGAGGCUGCUAUGUUGGUAUGCUACUAGCGUUUGUCCUCAUUGACUAGCCUUCAUGCUGCACUACCAGAUAUGGUCUGAAACCACCCUUAAGCUAUUGGAAUUGGCAUAUUUUAGAUUGAAAGACACUAAAAUCCAAGAAUAAAAUCUGAUUGGUUCAGCAACAGCCUGUCUGCUUGUUUUUCCCCUCGAUUCCGAUAAAGAGCAGCAAGCGGCCGCUUCACCUGAUCCAUCCAGAACUGUCUCCCAUGCAGCGGAUGACAGAGACCCAAACAGGGCAAGCACAAACUAUAAGGAAGUUGCCGACUUGACCAUUGAGCACAGGCCCAUUGAACAGGAUGCUCUAUGUGAAUAGAUGUUAAUAGAGCGCUAAACCCUCUCAGUGUCUGAGUGUUCCAUGGAGCUUUUAGGCAAGUGUUAGGAAUGUGUCGCACAUAAAGAUGUACCAUAUUGAUUUAGUUUUUGCUUAUUAACAAAAAAAAAUCUAAUAUAUAUAUACAUGUCUAUGAAUAUAUUUACAUCUUAUUACAUUCAUGUCGCAGAAAUGAUAUUCAGUGAGCCUAAUGUAAAGUAUUUGUUAUAAAUAGUUUACAGCGUCUCUCUCUGUUCUUCUUUUACGAAGUAUAUGUAGUCCUAAACAUGCAUCUUAAUGAAGAUUUAACAAAGUAAGUGGUUUGGUUGUAGGGUGUCACGGCUGAGCAAUAUAAUGUUGACGACGACAACAGUGCCUGUCUCCUUGUUGUCGGUAUCCAUGAGUAUCCACGAUGACCUCUAACCCAUUUUUCACAUUUAACUAUUUGUUAUCUGAGAUAGAUGAUUAUUGGUGUAAUUUUAAAUGGCUCAAUGUUGUAAAUCAUGUACUGUGAUAAAUAAAUGACGUUUUGAGUAA